UCAGAGGAGGAGAGAGUAGGGGUCCUCAUCACCUGCCUGUCUGGUAGAGCCCUGGAGUGGGCUAAUGCGGUCUGGAACGGGCCCGACUCGGUGAGAGACAACUACCCAGAGUUCAUCCGCCGUUUCAGGGCCGUGUUCGAUCACCCUCCAGAGGGUCGUGCGGCAGGUGAGAGAUUGUUCUAUCUGAGACAGGGGACGAGGAGCGCGCAGGACUUCGCGCUGGAGUUCCGGACCUUGGCUGCGGGAGCAGGGUGGAACGACAGGGCCCUGAUAGACCAUUACAGGUGUAGCCUGAGAGAGGACGUCCGUAGGGAGCUGGCCUGUCGGGAUACUACACUUGGCCUGGAUGGACUGAUAGACCUGUCGAUCCGGUUGGACCAUCUGCUAGCUGCUCGUGGACGUUCUGAAAGGGUCUUGUCAGUUCUACCUCCUGAUCCUCCUGCCCCUAUUCCGAUGGAGUUAGGAGGUACCGCAUCAAGGGAGAUCGGAGGAGGAAGCUCCUCCUGUACCAGUUGUGGCCGGAGAGGGCACACGUCUGGUCGGUGCUGGAGGAAUUCAUCUGGGAAUCAUGAGGGCAGGCAGAAUACUCAUCGGUCACCCCAGGCCGGUGGUAGCUGGUCCCAUGCAGGAAAAUGAGGUACCGGAGGUUCCUCCACCCCCUCUGGACAUCGAGGGGUCCCCGGCGUACAAGAUACGAGCUAUUCUGGACUCGAGACGCCGGGUGAGAGGCUUGCAGUACCUCGUCGACUGGGAGGGGUACGGUCCGGAGGAGAGGUGCUGGGUUCCGGCGAGGGAUAUUCUAGACCCAUCCAUGUUGAGUGAAUUCCAUCGCCUCCGUCCGGAUCGCCCAGCGCCUCGGCCUCCGGGUCGUCCCCGAGGCCGACGUCGGCGCGCUGCGGGAGCUGCGCGUCAGGAGGGGGGUACUGUCACGAAUAUUACCGAAGGUGACUCCCCUUCUUGUUCGGGUGGCGCUCGGCGGUCGUCGUCGCCGGUCUACUAGCUAUCGCCGAUCCGUUCUGUGUUCGUUUAGUUUUGUCUAAUUGGUAGCACCUGUUUCUAGUUUGGUUGUUUUGAUAGGGUAUAUAUAGUCUGUUUAGCCCGCUUCUGUUUCGUGCGGGCUUGUUCGUCUGUUAUGUUGGUUGAGUGCUUUUUGUUUGCAUUUUGGGUUUCACGCUGUCCGUUUAUAUUUCUGUUCAUUUGUGUUUUCACUUUGUACAUGUUGUGUUUCCGGGACAUUAAAGCGUGUUGUUUUGCCCACA